CAGGACUCCUAUUCGAAUAUUCUACCAAAUAUUCUACGAUCGAAAUUUGACAUUUCGCUUCUCUAACUCUUAUAUAUUUCAUCAUGGCUGAGCAGUGGUGGCACUUUUUACAUAACAAGCUGUACAGCCAACCAUGGACGCAUCAUAGUUUCACAGGUGCCAAACCCACCAUCUGGACAGAGCAUUUAAACCCUACAUCGAUGGAGAAAUCAGCGACGGGGCAGAAUGGCAUACAAUCCGGAACUCCACAUGUAACCAAUUUCAAUAUAGCUGCUAGUCAGCUCAAGAAUCCACAGGACAGCGACAACAUAUCAGAUGUGCCACCGGCGGAGGAAUCAUCUAUUUCGUGGCUGGAGAAGCAUAGAGAUAGCUUUGUCCAGGUUAAGCGAUCGGGCGCGGUUCAUCGCCAUAGGCCGAGUGUACAGAGACCGAAGGCGGGGAGCACGGAGGAGGUAAGACAGAAGCAGAGGCGGAACACGCUGGAUCGUCUGCUUGAUCUUGAUAAUGGAGCGGUUUCGCCUGGGGCGCAGGACGAGCGGGAUGUACAACACGGUAGGGAUGUUCUAGGGCCGAUGAGCCAGUGGCGGAAUCGGGUAUACCGCGUGCGUAAACGGGUAGGCGAUUUCCUCGGGCGUGCCGGCGCCAUGGUGUAUCCGGCCUCGGGAGUGGAGGGGAAGCAACUGGAUACCUUGGAGGCGGAAAUCGACCAAGCCGAGCAGCAGCAGCAGCAGCAAGUUGGCGAGAGCGAGCCGGUCCAGUACCCUAACCUGAGCGGCGAACUAGCCAAACUCGGAGAAGCCACUCCCGCUAACGACCAAGCCCAAGAGCACCAGGAGGAGGCCAACAACAACAACAACAACAACAACAACAACAAUAACAGUGAUAACACCACGCACCAGAUCCCAGAGAGUCUCCUCGUAGAACUCCUCGGGGAGCAACAGGCCAGACUCCUCGAGGAAAGACUACAGCGUCUCAGGGGAGAAGACACGGAAGACGUCGCGCCUAGCAACGACGACAAUGCCGAUGCGCCGGCCGCAUCAACACCACUACCUCCACCACUACCUCCACCUCCACCAUCUAAACCCCCCAGUCCAAAACCCUUCCACAUCAGCCACGUAGCACACCUAGCGCCCUCAUACAUCGCAGCGCAGCAAUCGCGCCAGAGAGCCCUGCGCCGUAAAGCCCAAGCCCAAGCCCAAGCCCCUACCCCUCCCCUCCCCUCUUCUUCUUCUUCUUCUCCGCCCCUCCCGCAGAAACCUCCUCGUCGCGGAACGGGGGGCCCCAACACCACCACCACCACCACCAGCAGAAACAGCAAUAGACAAAACAACACCUCUCAGCCGCGUGUAUCCGCACCGCCCCUGUGGGAAGGCGCCAGAGGGUCUAGGGAGAUCUGGUUUGGCGUCGGGCCUGGGACUGGGCGGGACGUGGGCGGGCGGAGGGGGCAGGGGAGGCGGGUUUAG